AUGACAAGUGUUUUCUGUGUGUCAGUGACGAGGAUAUUGGAGCUUAUCAAGAAAGUGUUUAAAGAAACUGAACACGUUCUCAAUUACCUUACCACUACUCCUGCGGAAGCAGUUGGAGAAAUCGUAAAACCUCUAGACAAAGAACGAUUUAUUGUGAAAGGAGACGAGGGAGUUCGUUACAUUGUGAAGUGCUGUAACAAAGUGGAUAAAUCAAAGCUAGUUUCUGGAACCAGAGUAACUCAUGAGAUACUAUCAAUGACGAUCAUGAGAAUUCUCCCUCCUAUGGUUAAUCCCUUGGUUUAUAAUAUGGUGCAUCAACAUCGUGGAGACGUUAGCUACUCCGAUCUUGGUGGUUUGUCUAAGCAAAUCAGAGAUCUUAGAGAUUACAUUGAACUUCCUCUCACGAAUCCUGAUAUGUUUCAACGAGUUGGUGUAAAGCUUCCCAAGGGAGUGCUUCUUUAUGGACCUCCUGGAACUGGAAAGACAUUGUUAGCUAGAGCAAUCGCUAGCAAUAUGGAUUCGACUUUUUUGACAGUUGUUUCUAGCGCGCUUCUAAGCAAAUAUUUAGGAGAUAGUUCAUUGUUAGUGAGAGAGAUGUUUAGAUAUGCUCGUGAUCAUCAACCCUGCAUCAUCUUUAUGGAUGAGAUUGAUGCUAUUGGUACACGUCGUGGAUCCAGAGAAGACGUAAGACCGUGUGAAUGUGAUAGAGUUCUCAUUGAGCUUCUUUCCCAGCUUGAUGGAUUCAAUGAACUUGAGAAGGUGAAAGUAAUAAUGGCAACAAACAGACCUGAUGUUCUUGACCCUGCGCUUCUUCGACCUGGUAGGAUCGAUAAGAAGAUAGAGAUUCCAUUGCCUAAUGGAGAUUCUAGAAUGAGAAUACUCAAGAUUCAUGCUUCUGGUAUAAAUAAACAUGGAGAGAUCGAUUACGAGAAGAUUGUGAAAUUAUCUGAGGGAUUCAAUGGAGCAGAUUUGCGUAACAUAUGUACUGAAGCAGGGAUGUUAGCUCUACGAGCAGAGCGCGAUUACGUUGUCCCCAAUGAUUUCAUCAAGGCUGCGACAAGACUAGGCGAAGCGAAGAAACUUGAAUCCAGUGCACAGUACGAUGUUGACUUUGGGGAAGAGUAAAGAUAGAGAAACAUA